CAACGCGCGGUAGUCUGACGCGUUUCAAACACGAAACGAUCGUAUACUGAUCUAACUGGCACACAAAUAUUUUUAUGAACAAACAAACGAACUCGUUAGUGAUCUGUGUUUGUUAAACCUAUUUUAAACAGUUGGUUGGAGUUUGGUGAACUCUUCCAUUAUUGAGUUAAAAGUAAUAUGUGACGUCAAAUUUUUGUCACGUCAAGUGCGUGUUAGGGUUUCAAGUGGAGUUCGGACUAGAACUAGAGAUGCACACUAUGGAUACCUUGGGCUACGGCCACAAGAAGUACCGGCCGCCGCUCUCCCCAAGCAGCUUCUACCACCAUGACUACUACUCCAGGCACACAACUCUUCGCCCUCAGAGUGAGUAUCGUUUCGCGGGAAGUGGAUACGCUCGGGCACCGAGCAGCGGGCGCAGCGGCGGUCUUUGCUCGGCAGCGCUCGUCGGCGGAGCGCUGUUCGCUGCUGUAGCUGUGCUAGCUGUCGCUGCACUCGCUUUCUACAUGGGUGCACUACGUCCUGAUAAUGGAGAACCAAUAAUGACUUUCGAAGGCACGUUACGUGUAACGCGAGGGGACGUGUAUGGAGGUGUACCCGGCAGCCCGGCGUGGCGCGAACGGGCGCGGCGGUAUAGUGCUAGUUUGCGCCAGGCGUAUGCUGCACCAUCAUCUUUGAGACAGGCCUUUGCUGGAGUUCUCGUGACUGGCUUCGGUGAUCGGCGCCUCGAUGUACACUUUAAAUUAUAUCUUGAUCGAAGAAAAAUACCAAGUUCUGUAUCAAAUAUAGAAGAGACUUUAAAAAGCAUAUUAGUUCAAGAUUUACUUUCAAAGCAUUCAGCGUUUGGACAAAUUAAAGUCGACACUUCAAGUAUAGUCAUUAAAAGGGAUUUAGAACAUACAUAUCAUUCUGAACAAUAUGUAAAAGAAGCAAUGAAUGAAAGCAUGGCAAUCAACAAUGUUAAGGUUCAAACACCUCCAAAUAUGAAAGACAAAACCUUGCAGAGUAGAAUAGGCGUUGUCCGUAAGACAACUAUUAAACCAAAUCAAUCCUCUAAAAAUGGCGAUCCAGAUGAACCUGAUAUUGACACUGAAAAUAUACCUGUAGUUCAAGGUUCAUUUCAAAUAACUAAAACAGAAGCUGAUAUAACGGAAAAUAAACACAGUAUUAGUCCGUCGCGAGUUGACGAAAAAGUAAACAGUAAAGGUUUUUCAACUGUGAAAACAAUUACUACUACUAAAUCUUCAACAACGAAAUCUCCACUACGAACCACUAACAAAUUUUCGACUACUACAACAAGAACUCGACCUCUUACAAUUAAAUCAACUUUAAAUAUUAAGCCAAAAAUUGAAGAAAACCUUAAUAAACAGAUGGAAAUAAAUACACGUAGAUCGUUAGUUUCGACAACGACAACAAUGAAAUCAACCUUUUCACCAAAAAUUACAACAACAUCGACAACCACAGUAGCAACAACAACAAAAAAUGUAUCACAAAUUUUAUUUGAUCUUCUUACAAGUGAAAAUCAUGAUAAAGAUUUGCCAAAAAUUGAUACAUUAUUUACUGUUCCUCAUGUAAUCGACAAUGAGCCAUGGAGACCUAUAACAAGGCCAUAUUUUGAAACCACAAGCAUAGAACCAUUACCUGAAGAACCAGUAACAGAACGAGGUGCAAAUGACAGAAUCGGAGUAGCAGAAGUUGUGGAAGAUGUGUCUAUGUUAGAAGGUAUCCUAAGUCCAAUACCUCCCGCCAAACAACGAGACAAAACUACACGUAGGCCUUCCGGGUUAUACAAUAUAGAUCCCCAUUUAGGUGCUGAUGUGUACAUACCUAGUCCAGUUUACACUAGUUUUACUCUUCCCGCUUUUAUACCACCAUAUAAGAAUAUGGAAACUCUCGGUUCAAGUUUUCCAAAACCACACCCUUUGCCGGUUGACAAGAUUAGCAGUGUAGUGGAAAUACCAGAAGACAAUCAUAACGUUGAUGAUAAUGAGGGUAAGCCUAUCGAAAGACCACCUAAAGACAAAACUACAUCUGUUACUAUUAAUGUGAUACAAUUUGAUCAAUAUGAUAACAGUACUGAAAAAGUGUCUAUAGACGGUAUGUCAAUUGUUAAAAAACAAAACACAACAACGAUUUUCACAACAAGCCCAACAUCAAAGACUACGACGAAGAGUGAUGAAAUAAAUACUACUCCCGUUAUUGACAUUUCAACGCAUAAACCUUUCGAUAAUAAAACAAACGAUCACGGAAAAGAAAACAUUACUAAACGUCCAAAUAAUAAGGUAUCAAUUAUACCCUCUACUGGCUUACCACAUCAUACUUGGGAACUGGUUAACACUUCAACAAACAAAAACGAUACAACACUUAAAAUUUCUCCUCAUAAGUAUUAUAAUGACACAUUACAAGCAAUAAUAACAAAAAACGAAGCCGUUAUUCAAAAUACAACUCCUAAAUUUCCAAGUAAAAUUGCUAUUUUACGAAAUUUGACUGACAUCAUAAAAAGAUUUUCUCAAAAUACAUCAGAUAAGAAAAAUGAACAUUCAAUACAACCUGCAAUAAAAACUAGUACUGAGACAAUAAGUACAGAAACCGAAAACCGUCAUAUUCACAGUGAAAUGACAGGAUACGUAGAAGUAGUUUCAGAGGAAGAACUUGAGACUACUACCGCUAGAAUUAUUACUUUAAUGCCAGCUAAAUCAAAUUUAGGCUUCAAUCGGCCACUACGACCUAGGCCGAAACCUGAACCUCAAGGAACCAAAGAGGAUAAGCGAAGUUUUUUAAAUGAACAUUCAGAGACAGAAUCAUUACUUGAUCAUGAAAAUAUUGAUGACGUUAUUCAUAAUUUAUCUGAAACUAUUCCAGAAGCUUCAGAAGUCGUAACAACCUCAACAAGCAUGGAUAACGUCAAAAUAGAUAAUAUUCAUCCAACGAAUAGGAGUGCGUCCUUAAGAAUACCUGACACAGUGGGUAGUCAUUCAAGUGGAAAUAGGUUCCCUAAAUCUAAUGAUGAUUUAAUGUAUUCAAGUAGUGAUAAUUUUGUAAAGGACGUCUUGGAAAAUACUAACAAUUCUCAUAUACCAGAAGGAACUUAUAGAGUGUCAUAUCAUGUGACGGGAAGCGUAAGUACGAAACAGGCAAACAAAACACAACAGCUUCCAGCUUAUGAAUUGGCUUUAGAACCAGACAUCGUACUAGAAAUACCUAUUAAUCAAACCACUGCUUUAACUGCGGAUAAAUUGCGACAACUUGCAAGUUUAGCAACUAUUUCAAAUUUUAACAAUAAUAGUUUAUUUCGAGCUCCUGGAGGAAUAAUUUCAACAAAAGCGAUACCUUCCAGCUAUACUUUAAAUUCAGCUGGAUUUAAAAUAUUGACUAAAACUUAUAAUAAAAUGCACUCUUCAAAACAAGAUGAAAAUAACUUAGACAAACCAGAGAAGUCGUAUAGUAAGCCUCAAAAAUUCAAAGAUGACGACAUUGAAAAAAUUAUAAUAGAGCCAAAUUGCAACAACGAUACAUCUUUUUUAUGUGAUAGUGGUGCAUGUAUUCCUGCCACAUCUCGAUGUAACAGAUUAUUGGAUUGCCCCGGGGGGGAAGAUGAACGAGCGUGCUCGUGUGCAGAUUAUUUAAGGGCCGAGUUUUCACAGUCGAAAAUUUGUGAUGGGUUCGUUGAUUGCUGGGACUAUUCUGAUGAAAAUAACUGUGAAUGGUGUAAAGAAGGGCAAUUCGUUUGCUCUAAUGCGCGGCAAUGUGUAGAAAUGACAAAGGUUUGUGAUGGAACACCAGAUUGUCCGCUCGGUGAUGACGAAAAAAGUUGUGUCGCUUUGGGUGAUAACAUUGAAGACAACGAGGUCAUUCCUUAUAAUGAAGAAGGGUUUGUUAUGGUGCGUAAGCGUGGUGUAUGGGGUAGAUUAUGUGUUGAAAACUUUGACGAUGUAGUUACACAAGCUCAUAGCACUCUUAAGUUACCUGAUCUAGGCAGAGCUGUUUGUAGAGCUAUGACUUUUCAUGAUUCGCCUUGGGUACGAGAGGCACGAGAAGGUCGCAAGGCUAGUUCUGUAGGAUACUGGGAAGUGUGGCACAACGCACACGCGCGCGCGGCUGACACGCGUCUUACAUUUAAACGGUCGUCGUGCGCUCGGCAUCGCGCGUUGCGAGUACGUUGUAAGGAUCUAGAAUGUGGCAUACGGCCGCAUGCUGAUGCACAGCAACCCAGGGCAGUUACUCACGAGCGCGUGCGGUGGGGCAGGGUUGUGGGCGGCGGAGGCGCAGCUGCAGGCGCCUGGCCGUGGCAAGCGGCUCUCUAUCGCGACGGAGACUUCCAAUGCGGUGCUACACUCGUUUCUGCUCAAUGGCUGCUCUCCGCUAGUCAUUGUUUCUAUCAAGCGACAGAAGCUCAUUGGGUGGCUCGCCUGGGUGCAUUGCGUCGCGGAGCGUGGCCUCGUGGGCCUUGGGAACGAGUGGCGAAGGUCCGUCAAAUCGUCUUGCACCCUCGAUACGCACCGCGGGGUUUUAGAAACGACAUAGCGUUGUUGCGCGUCGACCCGCUGCCGCUGCACGCCCGUCUGCGGCCCGCCUGUUUGCCUCCCCUGAGGGCCCAGCCGCCCGCCGGACACCAUUGCACGGUCGUUGGAUGGGGACAACUUUAUGAACACGAACGUGUCUUUCCGGAUACGCUGCAAGAGGUCGAGUUGCCAGUGAUCUCAACAGCAGAGUGUCGACGACGGACACGACUACUGCCGCUCUAUCGCGUCACUGACGACAUGUUCUGCGCUGGCUAUGAGCGCGGUGGACGGGACGCGUGCCUUGGAGACUCUGGCGGACCGCUCAUGUGUCAGGAGGCUGAUCGGUGGUACAUUUAUGGGGUGACAAGUAACGGCUACGGAUGCGCGCGUGCCAACCGACCUGGUGUCUACACGAAGGUUUCUAACUACAUUGAAUGGAUAGACAGUGUCAUGGCCACUUUCACGCCCGAAAAAAAUGAAACCUUUCCUCUAAAUGACGAGCAAUACUCCAGCGAAGAUUUCUAUUCGGAUUUGGAAGCAGCAGAGAAUAAACGAAUCAUUCACAAAGUGUAUGACUCUUGUAAGGGGUUCAGGUGUCCGCUCGGCGAAUGCUUACCGGCUUCUAGCGUUUGUAACGGAUUUCUGGAAUGUUCCGAUGGCAGUGACGAAUGGAAAUGCGGUGAAAAAUCGAGUAGAUUUAACCCUGAUUGAGUCAAUGAUGUAUAUAUAUAUAUAUAAUAUAAGCCAGUAAUAAUAGAAUACAAUUAUUCAUUUUCGACUGAUACUACAUAAGUAGAGUGUAAGAUAUUAUAUGCUAAAUAUGACGCAUGGAAAUCCCAAGUGAGCUGAUAAUCUGUAUGUUUUUUUAUAUAAAAAGAUCUUGUAUGCCAUGAACAACGGGCUUGUACAUAUAGCUUUAAUUAUUAUAUUGCCCACACUGUUGCAUUGAAUAUUCUACUUUAAUAUAUUUAUUUAAAAAUUAUGGACAACCUUUUCCGUUUGAGUUAUCAUUUCAAAUGGACGAUGUAGGCCAUGAAUAAAUUAAAAUUGAAAUUUA